AUGUUUGCCAAAGUGAUCGUUUUCGUGGCCAUCGCUGUUGCCUGCGCCGCCGGAAAACCUCUGACCGCGGCGGUCGUUGCAGCCCCAACCGUCGUGACCGCUCAGAGCUCCCAGUUUGUGUCCCGGAACUUUAACGGAUUGGCCGCGGCAUACACGGCCCCGGUCGCUGCCGCAUACACCGCUCCCGUCGCUGCCGCUUACACUGCUCCGGUCGCUGCCGCUUAUACGGCCCCAUUCGCCGCUGCCUACGGAUACGGUGCCCCUCUGGCCGCUGCUUACACUGCCUCCCCGUACGCUCCGUACUACCCGUACGUGCUGUGA